GAGAGCGCCGGCCUCACUUCUCCUUUGCACCCCGAGACAGGCAACUGCCGGGCAGCGGGGACACCCGACAGACACCCCACAGAGCCAAGUGGGAGCCAGCAGGGAUCCGGACUUGCCCAGGACCUGCCCGCAUGGCACAGAGCGUGCUCUACGCCGACCUGCGCUUUGCCAAGGGGCCGGGGGGCCGCGGCACAGCCAGCCAGGCGCUGGAGGCAGCCCUUGGCAUGGAUGAGGCCGAGAGCCCCUACGAGAACAUGGCAUCGGGGCCAGCACCUGCGGAGCCGGCUGGGGAAGGGACCCUGCAAAGCCCAGGGCGCUGCUCCCGGCGGCACUGCGUCUCUGCGGGGCUGCUGGUCACCUGCCUGCUGCUGCUGGUGGCUGCCGUGGUCCUGGGGGCCUGCUACUGGCAGGCGACCCGUGAGCUGCGGGACACGUCCCUGGAGCAGGCGGCCGAGCGCGGCCGCUUCUCGCAGGAGGCGCGGGCGUGGGAGCAGAGCCUGGAGCAGGCGCGCCGGGAGCUGGCGCAGGCGCGCGCGGAGCUGCAGCGAGCGUGGCGAGAGGGCAACAGCAGCCUGCUGGAGCUGGGCAGGCAGGAGGCCGAGCUGGCGCGCGUCUCGGGGGCCCUGGCCAGCGCUGAGAGGGAGCUGCAGGGCGUGCAGGGCCGGCUCAACGCCAGCGAGAGCACCGUGACCCUGCUGCGCUCCUGCACGGCUAUAGACUGCUGCCCCUCGGGCUGGCUGCUGUACCGCGGGAAGUGCCUCUUCGUCUCGUCGGAGAAGAAGACGUGGGAUGACAGCAGAGCGGAGUGUGAGAAUAAAUACGCCCAGCUACUGAUCACCAAGUCCUGGAGUCGCUGGACCGUGCCGAGCUUCCUGAAGAACGCGGACACCGUGUACUGGAUCGGGCUGCAGAAGACCAGCCUCCCCUGGUACGACUACGACUGGCUGGAGGAAGGGGAUCCGGACAGCGACGGCAUCACGGACGCCUGGUUCUGGGUGGACGGCUCGCUUUACGAAAGGCCAUGGCAGUCGAAGCUGAACGGGUCCUGUGCCGUGAUCAGCCGCGGGAACAUCAAGCCGGCUCCGUGCGAGGCUCCGGAUGACCUGCACCUCUGGAUCUGCGAGAAGGCGGCGGGGCCGAGCUCCCCUUUCGGGUGAUGGGUGGUGGCUGCUGGCCAUGAACCCGCACCCCUCUGCUUCAGCCCUGCUGCACCCCGCGACGGAGCCUGCCCCACGCGCAUCAGCCCCCUCCCAUGCUGCAGAGCCCUGCCUGACCCCAAACGAGGUGCUACGUCCCCAAACGCCAGCCCCAUGCCCCCCACGAGCGAGCCCCCAUGGCCAGCGCCGCCGCCGCGCAGUAGCCCCAGCCCUGAGGCUGGAGCAGGGGAUAGCACGGCGGCACCCGCCUCCGCCACGGUGCCCACCCCACUUUUAGGCUUUUAGGAGAGCCGCAGCUUUCAGGCAGCCUCGGAGCCCAAGGAUGGAGCCAUCACCAAUGCUGGCAUUUAGGAUUUUUCCUGCUAAUUAGGGAGUAGAGCAGUGACCUUUAGGAUCGCACCGUUCCGAUAGCAAAACCGCGCCAGCGCUCGCCCUGGAUGGACACGAGACAAGUCACCGGGGAUUUAAAUAGCUGCUACACGUGCAAUGCGGCCCUGAUUUACGUUCAGCCUGGCAAGAGCAGAGGAAGUCAUGUUCAACCAGGCAAAGAUGCUCUCGGUUUAUUAUUGGGCCGUGCGUGCCAUUUAUAGCCAAUUAAUUGGUAUGUAAAUCACUCUGUUUGAAGAGCACGGGGCUGUUACAGGCGGGUUUUGGAGGCGCACGUGUCACUCCCCUGUCUUGUCCACUGGCUGAACCCACUUUGUGGCAAAUAAAGAGCUUGUCUGCUGA